GAUUACAUCCACACCAAAACAACAACUGAAGAUAUAUUAUGGCAUUCUCUAUCUUCAAACAUGUUCUGUCGUUAUUCCUUCUUUGCAUUUUCUUGCAGGAACCUACCAAUGCCCUUAGAAAGACCUACAUUGUGUACAUGGGAGGACAUUCUCAUGGUCCAGACCCUUUGCCUAGUGAUCUUGAAACAGCCACAAAUUCCCAUCAUGAUUUACUCGCUUCUUACUUAGGAAGUCACGAGAAGGCCAAGGAAGCAAUUAUAUACUCGUACAAUAAGUACAUCAAUGGCUUUGCUGCCCUACUUGAAGAGGAAGAAGCAUCACAGAUUGCAAAAAAUCCAAAUGUAGUUUCUAUUUUCUUGAGCAAAGAGCGCAAAUUGUUCACUACCAGGUCAUGGGAUUUUCUUGGACUGGAAAAAAAUGGAAAAGUCACUGCAAACUCCGCUUGGAGGAAAGCAAGAUUUGGAGAAAAUAUAAUCAUUGCUAAUAUUGAUACAGGGGUUUGGCCCGAACACCCCAGUUUCAGCGACAAAGGAUACGGGCCUAUCCCUUCAAAGUGGCGUGGAAAAGGUGUCUGUCAGAUUGACAGUUUUAAUGGUACAAAGAAAUAUCUGUGUAACAGAAAGUUGAUCGGAGCAAGAAUUUUUCUCAAAAGUCGGGAGGCGGGAGGUGGGAAGGUUGAUCAAACGCUACGCAGCGGACGUGACUUGGUAGGGCAUGGCACCCACACACUGUCAACAGCUGGUGGUAAUUUUGUUCCUGGUGCAAAUGUUGAAGGUAACGGCAAUGGUACUGCUAAGGGAGGAUCCCCUAGGGCUCGCGUUGUUGCCUACAAAGCAUGCUGGAAUAAACUGGAUGAAGGAGGGUGCUAUGAUGCAGAUAUUCUAGAAGCAUUUGAUCAUGCCAUUUAUGAUGGUGUUGAUGUCAUCUCUGCCUCGUUGGGUGGGUCUAAUCCCUAUCCCGAAGCCUUGUUCACGGAUGGGAUUUCCAUAGGGGCAUUCCAUGCAGUUGCCAGAAACAUAGUCGUAGUUUGCUCUGCUGGAAAUGAUGGACCAGCACCUUUAAGUGUCACAAAUGUUGCACCCUGGUCCUUCACCGUUGCUGCUAGUACAAUGGACAGAGAUUUUCGCAGCAGAAUUUCUCUCAGCAACAAUCAAUCCAUUAUCGGUGCCAGUCUCAAUCGAGGCUUACCGUCUUCGUCGCCAUCGAAAAAGUUCUAUCCGGUGAUUUAUUCUGUGGACGCUAGACUUCCUAGUGUGUCCAUUGAUGAUGCUCGUCUUUGCAAACCGGGAACACUUGAUCCUACCAAAGUAAAGGGAAAAAUACUAGUCUGCCUUCGAGGUAAUAAAUUAACUUCAGCCAGUGAGGGUGAACAGGGUAAACUUGCUGGCGCUGUGGCAGUUCUAGUGCAAAAUGAUGACCCAAGUGAUAAUUUACUUCUGGCCGAGAAUCAUGUAUUACCCGCUGCAAGUAUAAGUGGAACGGGAAGUCAUAAUAUUAAAAACGGUACAGGCAACAAUGGCAAUAACAAGGAGAUUUUAGCUUACUUGAGUGCUGCAGAAACAUAUAUAGGAGUAAAACCAGCUCCAAUCAUAGCAGGAUUCUCAUCCAGGGGUCCCAGUUCCGUGCAACCAUUGAUACUAAAGCCAGACAUAACUGCUCCUGGUGUGAACGUAAUUGCUGCUUUUACACAAGGAGCUGGUCCGUCUAAUCUUCCAUCGGAUAGACGCCGAUCUCUUUUCAAUGUGCAACAGGGAACUUCUAUGUCUUGCCCUCAUGUCGCUGGCAUUGCAGGUCUUCUCAAAACAUAUCAUCCUACUUGGAGUCCAGCAGCUAUCAAAUCAGCUAUUAUGACCACAGCUACAACACUAGAUAACACCAAUCAACCGAUUCGCAAUGCAUUUCAUAAGGUAGCAACUCCAUUCGAAUAUGGUGCCGGACACAUUCAGCCUAACCUUGCAAUUGACCCUGGACUCGUUUACGAUUUACGCACCACCGAUUACUUGAACUUCUUAUGUGCUUCUGGUUACAACCAAGCUUUACUCAACUUAUUUGCCAAAUUGAAAUUCCCAUACACUUGUCCCAAGUCUUACAGAAUUGAAGAUUUCAACUAUCCUUCAAUUACGGUGCGUCAUCCUGGGUCAAAGACCAUAAGUGUUACUCGUACAGUUACAAAUGUUGGGCCUCCAAGCACGUAUGUUGUGAAUACUCACGGGCCGAAGGGGAUUAAGGUUCUUGUUCAACCAAGUUCGUUGACUUUUAAGAGAACCGGAGAAAAGAAGAAGUUUCAGGUUAUACUGCAGCCAAUUGGUGCCCGUCGUGGGUUAUUUGGGAAUUUGUCUUGGACAGAUGGCAAGCACAGAGUAACCAGUCCUAUCACAAUUCUGCCUUAGAAAUUACUCUCGAUCAGCAUUCUUAUGUUAUCAUUGUCGUCUUUUGAGUGUGUUUGCAUUUGCUGUUUUUUAGGCUGUAAUAUGAGCGUGUUUCCUACUCCUAUUGCAUUAAGCUCUUUUUUUUUUUUUUUUAUGUAAAGCUUUGUCAUAAAUAAGGUAUUUUUAGAAUGCUGAUGGAAUUGGAGCUAUCAUCAAAGAACUA